AUGGCGGUGGAGGUGAAACGUUGUGGUGGCUCAGCCGUACUGCCUUUAUCAUUCCAGCGGUCAUUGAAUCCGUUCCCAUGCGGCGUCUCUUUCCAGAAUAUGCAACCUCCUCCUCAGCUUGCCCGUCGAUUCUUUACUCUAGCUGUUGUCAAGAGGAGCCCCAAACGACUAAAAUACUCCGCCCCUCGCUUCACCAAGGAUGAUGGCUUGCUUUAUGUUGAUGUUGAUCCUUUUGGUUCCGACGCAUGGAAAUUGGAACCGAUUGUUGAGCUUUUGAAGAAAGGAGCUGUUGGAGUUAUUCCUACUGACACCGUGUACGCAAUAGUUUGUGAUCUGAGAAGCCCCUCAGCUAUUGAUCGUUUGCGUAGAAUAAAGAAUAUAGACCCUUCAAAGCCUCUCAGCAUCUUAUGCCACUCUUUCAAGGAUAUUGAUACAUACACAACCGGAUUUCCUCGUGGCAACAGUUCAGGUCUUUCAAACAUUUUUCGAGCUGUUAAACAUUGCCUGCCUGGUCCUUACACUUUCAUUUUGACUGCAAGCAAAGAGCUGCCAAAACAAUGUAUCAGAUAUGGGACUACAACUUCCAAGUAUGCACCAAGAAAAAAUGUAGGCGUUCGUAUACCUGAUGAUGCUGUGUGUCAAGCAAUUCUGCAGAAGAUGGAAGCACCUUUAAUAUCCACUAGUGUCAAGUCACCCAAGGAGAAUGAAUGGAUUUUAGAUCCUGUUGUGAUUGCUGAUGUAUAUGGCCCUGAGGGCCUUGACUUUGUUGUCGAUGCUGGUAUUAGAGUGGCUGAUCCAUCGACAGUAGUGGAUAUGACUGGAAAUUCUCCUCGAAUUGUACGACAAGGAAAGGGUCCAAAACAACCGUGGAUGAUAGCUGAGGAUGAAGAUUCUUCAGUGGAGGAUUCUAAUCUACUCGCCCCUUAG